CCAAGUUUACACAAUUCACUUCACUUGGCGCCAACACCCCAGAAGCUGUGUGCGGCUGUACAAGUUUUUUUUUAAUUAAAAACGCGCGAAGGUAUUUUAAAGGUUUCACAUGUUACUAAAAAGGUUUAUGUUAAAUAACUUACGUAACUUUUAAAUCCAAAGUGGUUUAAGUGAUUUAUUGGUGUGAAAGUGCAGUGAUAAGAGUGGAGGGUUUUUGUUUUAGAUGGACCGAUUAAGAUGUACCGGCGGGUGCGGCGGAAAAUGAAGAUAGAAAUCAGUGCCAUAUUAGUUUUAAGUUUCGCAACAUUAGUAUUUUCAAAGGCGUUUGAUAUUAAACGAAUUAACGAUAAUAUUAGUGAUGAUAUUGAAAAUGACAUUAUAGAUUUUGAUAAUGAGUAUUCUGUUAAAUAUGACAAGAAAUACGAAGUCCUACCGUGGGACUCAAACGACUUCAAAAAAGACUCUUAUAGGUACAGUGUGAUUAAAGAUAAAGUGCAGGAGGGACACAAAAAUGGGGACAUCAAUACUAAAAAUCGUAACACAAAAGAAGAGGAGGAAAUCAAAGCAAACACAAAUAAAGAGGCUAAUGGUACAACUAGUGUACUGCCAAUUAUUGAAGUAAUCGAAAAGACAACAGAACUUAGUGUUAUCCCCCUAGAAUUAAUAAGUACAACAGAAAGUAUUCCAGUUAGUGCAGUUGAAAGAACAACAGAGUUCGAUUUAACAGUUAUCCCUUUAAGUUCAAGUGAGAAGGUCCCGGUUACAAGAGAAGUGUAUCAAACAGUGAAUUUGUCAGUAUCAACAGAAUCCUCUGAGGAUUAUAAUUUAAGUACAGGUUUUUAUGAAAUGACAACGAGGGCAAAUGUUUAUUUUUUAAACGAAACUUCAACAGAAAGUUUAGUGAAUGAAAUUUCUACAGAAAAUUCAAUUAAUGAAACGUCAACAGAGAUUGUAUUAAAUGAAACUGUAACACUUACUAGCACAACGGCAAAUGUAAGUGAAACAUUACAAUUAGUUACAACUAACUUAUAUGAUACUAGUAAUUUUACUGAAAUAGUUACUAUACUUCCUGAUUCUGCCACUGAAUUUUUUCCUUCUACAACUUCAACAAACGAAAUCGUAAAUACAAAUUCUAGCAGUUCAAAUGAAACAAUAAAUCGAGAGGACAAUGACAGUACAGAAGUGAACGCUGAAGUUCCAAUUUUUACAGAAUUAGAUACAGAAGAUAUUUCAGAGGUUCCAGAAGAUUAUUAUGAUUCUAAAGAUGUGGUUCCUACUUCUGCACCUAAAACGGAUGCCAUAUCUGUUAUAUUUGGUCUAGCGGGCAGUAUGGUAGAGAGUGUAGUGGAAAGUGUUGCGGAGCGGGUGAUGCCUAAAGGCUUGAUAGAUUUGUUUAAAAGGAUGCAAAAACAAAAUGAGGCUUUAGAAGCAGAGAAGCUGAGAAGUCGGGAGGAGAAUGGAGGUUUAGGCCAGUUCACCCGAGGCGUGAUCAAGUCAAUAUCCUCAGGUAUUAGCAAGCCCCUCAGUCAGCUCAUGGCCGGAGUCAGAGACAUUGGUUCCUUGGAUAGCGACCGCGGGUUCGUCAGUAGCUUGGCCUCUGGUGUGACGAGCGUGGCCAAUGCUGCCAACUCCAUGGUCGACCUUUUCAAGGAUAGGGUGCAGGCUAUUUAUCCUGGUACAAUCUGGUGCGGAGACGGCCACUCCGCUCAGGCGCGCUCCAGCGACCUGGGGCUGUUCUUCUUCACCGACACCUGCUGCCGGCAGCACGACGCCUGCAAGCUCUACAUCCCGGCUGGCGAGACCAAGUUCGGUCUCACCAACACCGGCUUGUUUACCAGAUCACAUUGCAGCUGUGACGACAAAUUCCGUGAGUGCCUGAGGAAGACCAACUCCCUGGUGUCUGCACAGAUAGGCCUCACCUAUUUCAACGUGCUGGGUCCCCAGUGCUUCCGUCGCGCCCACCCUAUUGUCAAAUGUCUGCGACGAACCAGGAUUACUGGCCUAAAAUGCGAAGAGUACGAGCUGGACUACACCAAACCAAAAAUGUGGCAGUGGUUUGACAGCGAGACCUACUGAUUGUUGAUCUGAUGAUGAUGAAUGAAAUGAUUUUGCUGUUAAAUAUACUUUAUUUAUUAACAAAAAAUAUAUUCGUGUAUGAAAAUUAUCCAGAAAAUGACAUGGUAAAGCUGGCUAGGAUUUUUGCCAAUUCUAUAGAUUUAAAUAUGCGUGUUCGAGUAUAUUUCAGUGGUAAAUGAUUUGCUUAUGACAAUAAUUUAAUACGUUCCGAGUUUAAGAAUUAUACAAAAUUUAUUCAUAUAUGAGACGAGAUAUAUAAUUAUUAUAUUAAACAGUAUGGUACAAAUAUAGUUUUUAUUAAUCCUUAGUAAAUUCAGAGUUUAGAUUAUUGUUAUGGGAUUUUAUAAUAAAACAAAAUUUUUAUUGGUUUUAUAUAAGAAACAUCAGAAUAUAUUUCGAAAUGUCACAUUUAACAGAUAAACUAUAUAUAUAGUAAUGCUAGUUAAAACUAAAAUAACUUAAAAUUAAUGUAACGAAAAUCCGCUCCAAACUUCGCUUGAUAUUUUUUUGAAUAUUUUUCUAAAUUUUUGACAAAUUCUCAUGAAUGUUUAUCCUUUAUAAACUUUCUAGAUGUUCUAAUGUAUUCAAACAUAAAUUAUUCCAACUUACUGAAAAAAAUCCGGAAAAAUAUUUGGUAUGUUGGCAAAGUUAUUGACUUAAUCAUUGUUUGUGUAAAGAAUUAAUCAUUUAAGUAAUAAUUACUUGAUGGCGAAGUUAAAAAAAUAUAGUAGUUACCUAAGUACUUACUUCAACGAUGGAGAUUUCGAUUUAUGUCAAAGAAGUUGUCAAAAACUUACAUUGUUUUUCAAAAGGUCCCUAUCUACACGGACUUUACAAAUAAUAAUUAUUGUGAUAUCUAUUAUGUUGUGCGCAAAAAUUUAUCUGAAAACUGUGUAUAUAGAUAUGUUUCCAUUUCUUUAUUAUAAAUUGUUACAUUACCAGAUAAUGAUGUGCAGUCUAUUAGCGGAUUCAAAUUUAAAUAAGAUGAUUUUAAUAUAUGUAUUUUAAUAAGUAGUUAUGAUUUUAAAAAUAUGUGAGAUAAGCAAAAUAUAUCACAUAAUAUAAUAAAUUAUAAAUGAAAUUAUGUUUGUAUACAAUAUUUCCACUAAUCGUAAUUUUUUCAUAAAAAAAUGAGACGAAUGCUUAACUAUGAAGUAUACUAAUGAGUUAAUUGCCAUCUAGAGUUAAUGUAAUCUAUGAAUACUUAUGAAAUCGAAGGAAACUGCAAAAUUGUACAAAUCAAAAUUUAUCCGUUCGAAAGCAUAUAUAUACAAAAAUAUUUUAACAAUAUUAUAUUACCCUUAGCACCGAUAAUAAUAAUUAUAUCCAGCCAAAUAAUUACAUUAUUUAUACAAUGUAAUUAUCAACUUCGGUGCUAGGUUUUGUUAUAUUUUUCUGAAAAUUAUAUUUAUAAUGUUAAUUAAUGAAUAACACAUAAGUACUAAUAAAUAAUUAUUUAAUGAUGCAAUAUUGAAACCGAGAUGACGUAUGCACAAGGAUACAGCAAUUUUACAGGAAUAUUAAUCAUUAUAAUGAUAUAAAAAUCUAAGGUAAGCUACGCCUACUAUGAAAACUAUUGGCCUAUCAAAUAUAGAGACAUAUUGCUUAACGUGGUCCAAUGGAAUAUAAUUCAGGCAUGGACUUAGGUUUUAGUUUCAGACUUAGGUCCUGAUUUCUAGCCGUUAGGAGCAUAGGAAGAAAGGAUUGUUCAAAAUGGAUUUCAUGACAACCAUAUAAUGCACAGAUUUUUUAACUUGGUUCAGUUACAAGUGGAAGAUUUACUCACUGAACUUCCUUUUUUUGAUUGUUUGCGUUUAUUUGUGAAGUCAUU